AUCGUUACACAUGUUGAUGUAACAGAAUGCCAGGUUCGUAACAAUGAUUACGUGUCGGGAAAAAUGCUGGUGGCACCAUGCACCGAUCAUCCUUCAUAUACAAAUAUUUCUACAAAGCCGACAAGAAGCAUUAGCCGAACGUGUAGAAGGAAUAAAAGUUCAUAUCCAUAGAAGGUGUCGGAUCGUUUAUGUAACGUCUGAAUGAGUAAACAGGAAUUGGCUAUGAGCUACAUGAAGUGUAACGUUUGUGAAAAUCAAACGAGGACGAUGAUACGCAUUCCACCUGGUGAAUCUAAACACGCUCUACGUAGAUUCCCUCCAAGGAAUGCUAGCCUUGAAAAUUCACUAGAGUGUAGUGCCAGGAUGACGACACCAGGUGUAAGUAACAGCGCUGCCGAUUAAACAAGGAAGGAUUCGAGGCUCCUGUGAUUGGUAACGGCCAAUCAACAUCAAGCGGUCCCUGUAGUGGGUGGAGAGCACGUGGCAAUGUUUUGAGUGGAAUCUGCUCGAAAGGCGCAUGCGUGUACGAUCGCCGCGUAAAGGCGAAUUUACACUUGCCAGUCCACUCUUUGGCUGCAUCUCUACCUGCUUGCCUGUCUACCUGGCUACCUGGACUGCUUGCUAGCCAGCCUGUCCGGCUUGGUGCAGUCAGAGGCACCUCCUAAACCAGGAACUUUGCUCCGAAGUCGUGUGUGACUUUGUUUUAUAAUUAUAUAAGAAAGAUUUGAACGUGAUAAAUAUUGUGUCUCUUCGACGUCUGUGAUCCAGCUUUAUUAUUGUACUGGUAAAGGGUCUGCGAAGGAAGUGACGACUUACCCCGACUGCGUUGCAGAGAGGAACGCCAGGAACCCUUUGAUGGAGAAAAACAAAUGUCAACAUCGUGAAGCCCUUCUAAACUUCCUUCGUCGCUCUGUAUCCUGGAUUAAACGAGUAUCGAGACGACUGAGAUAAUCAGUACUACGAGAACGCUAUCAUCGUUCUGGAUCUAGUGAGAAUAACAAAGAAUUCCUGAAGAAAAGGACGUGUGCGUACAUGAAUUAGGACUGUUUCGCCGGUCAUUCCGGACUAGAGAAAGUUUCUUGUGACAGUACGACUUUCAAUCAGAAUAAAGAAGCAUAUUGCCAGGGAAGUGUUGAAAAGUGAAUAAGUGUUAACACGUUAUCGGUGUAUGUGAUUUAUUAAUAAAUUUUUCAACCGAAGCGAAGAUUACUUAAUCUUGGCUGCUGUCAGUAGACGAUGGAGCCUACCUGACCCUUCUUCGAGGAUAUCCAAAAUAAGAGUUAGUGCCUUUACUACGACAAUAUGACAGGAUACGAUCUCAGGGAUCACGAGUCCCAGCGUGAGGUGAGGCUCACCGGAUUCACCAAGAAUUUGGUGAAUGAAAGAUCUAUGGAGAACACAGCAGGCCAUGACUCUAGGGAUGUCACUGUGGAUCUCGAUAACAGACUGAACGGUUUACCACUGCAAAAAGUCGACAAACAAACACCCGAUGCAGUCGAUCUGGAAAAAGGAUUCGUCUGUGCGUCAGGUUCCAAAUGGAUUUACCAGAGACUACGAAGGUCCUUCAGGAUGAAACUUCUGUAUAGGAGGAUACCGAUACUUGAUUGGCUACCAAAAUAUCGAAAGGAGUAUGUCGUGAGCGACAUGGUUGCUGGUAUCACAGUGGGACUUACCGUUAUUCCUCAGGCGAUAGCUUAUGCUAACGUCGCAGGACUUCCCGCCGAGUAUGGACUCUAUUCGUCCUUCAUGGCCUGCUUCGUCUACAUGAUUUUUGGAUCUUGCAAGGACGUCCCCGUCGGGCCCACGGCCAUUGCAUCCAUCCUCACUAGAGAAACAUUACAGAAGGCCCAUCUCGGGCACAAUUACGCUAUACUAUUGACAUUUAUAUCAGGCUGCGUUUCCAUGCUAAUGGGUAUACUUCAGUUAGGAUUCCUUAUAGACUUUAUCUCAGGUCCUGUUUCCAUUGGGUUUACAUCCGCAGCAGCUAUAAUUAUUGCGACCAGUCAGGUUAAAGACAUUCUUGGUCUGAGCUUUAGUGAAUCAAACUUUCUACGAGUUUGGAAAACCAUAUUUGAGCAUAUCGGGGAGACAAGACUCUGGGAUGCUGUGAUGGGCUGCAUCUGUAUGAUUGUCCUCUUGAUCCUUAGAAAAAUAAAGGAUCUACCCGUGAUAUCGAAAAAUACCAAGGAGCCAACGACAAUGCAACGCGCCAUUGUUAAGUUUCUCUGGCUGUUGUCUACAGCAAGAAACAUUCUUGUGGUCGUUAUCUGCGGCUUAAUCUCUUGGUUCCUAACGUCUCACUUAGGAUCAUCUCCAGUUAUUCUAACUGGUGACGUAAAGCAAGGCUUGCCGCCAUUAAAAUUACCACCUUUCCAGUCUCAAAUUGGCAACCAGACUUAUGGCUUUGUGGAUACCGUGUCCGCCCUGGGAUCAGGGUGCCUCGUCAUUCCUAUUCUUAGUUUACUCGAGAGCAUCGCAAUAGUAAAAGUAUUCUCCGAAGGCAAACCGAUGGACGCGACCCAGGAAAUGCUGGCCUUGGGCGCCUGCAACAUCAUUUCCUCGUUUGUUUCAUCCAUACCAGUCACUGGAGGUCUCAGCCGUGGUGCCGUUAAUCACUCUUCCGGUGUUAAGACAACGCUCGGUGGUGUCUACACUGGAAUCCUGGUACUCCUAUCUCUUCAGUUUCUCACACCUUGCUUCAGCUACAUCCCCAAGUCCGCUUUAGCUGCUGUUAUCAUCGCAGCCGUAGUAUUUAUGGUUGAACUUCACGUGGUCAAGCCUAUGUGGCGUACUAAGAAAAUAGACCUUCUGCUUUCCGUUGCCACGUUCCUCUGUUGUCUCUUUGUCAGAUUGGAACUUGGUAUACUCAUCGGAAUAGGAAUAAAUCUACUUUUCCUACUUUACGCAUCGGCGAGACCAUCCUUGCGAGUAAACAAAGUUACGAGUACCGCUGGUUAUGAGUAUCUCGUCAUCACCCCAGACAGAAGUCUCGCUUUCCCAAGUGUAGAGUACGUACGUGCUGUGAUAAGUAAGCAAGGAUCUCGUCAAGGUAACGCCGUUCCUGUGGUAAUCGACUCCACGCACAUUCAGGCUGCAGACUUUACCGCGGCAAAGGGAAUAAAAAGUCUUAUCGAGGACUUCGCCAACAGGGGACAACCCUUGAUAUUCCAAAAUCUUAAAGCCAGUGUUGGCGAGAUUUUUAAGGGCGUCAAACCGUCAGGAUUAAAAUGUUGCUCAAACGAAGUUGAACUUAAUGAUUAUUUAAAAGAAUAUUCAAAUUUAUCAAACAAUAUAGUGAGCAGACACUGAACGCAAUGGAGGGUGUAUAGAGAUAAAGAAGAAAUGAACGACUAAGUGAAACCGAACCAAGUAUGAGUAACCGAAACGGCAGUAUUAACGACCAACUUCGUCUAUGACGUUUCUCCGAAGUCGCAGUGUUGUGUGACAUGUACGUUAAGUUUAUUGUUUGAAAGUGUACGAGAAGAAGAUAAGAAUAUGGAUUAUUAUCUGAGCCAGCGUUUGACUGUGCGUGUACGUAUGCACGCACUCGUGUAUGUAUAGACAACCGUACGAGUAGUACGUGUAAUCGCAGCUUUUAUUGUUAAUAAAUAAUAAUCUAGAAUUAUAUGAUAUGAAUGGUAA